AUGCCACCAAUCAGCCUCGUCCGCGUGCGCUCCUCCAACGCCCUGGCAGCGAGCGCAAUCAAAGGCUCGCCCGUCGCCGUCUUCGUCGGGGGGACGUCGGGCAUCGGUCAAGGGAUGGCAGAGGCCUUUGGCCGUCUGACGAACGGCAACGCACAUAUCAUCAUCGUGGGUCGCAAUCGACAAGCUGCAGAGUCGGUCCUGGCUAACAUACCCACCGCUACCACCCCGCUCGACCCAGCCUCCAACCACCCCUGGUCGCGCGAGUUUGUGCAGUGCGACGCGACGUUGAUGAAGAACGUGCAGCAAGCUUCGCAGGAGAUUUUGGACAAGUACCCGAAGAUUAAUUAUUUGGUGCAGAGUCCGGGGUUUAUGACGACGAGUGGGAGGGACGAGACGGAGGAGGGGAUUGAUAAGAAACUGGCGGUGCAUUAUUAUGCGAGGUGGAAGUUUAUCGAGGGGUUGUUGCCUGCGCUGAAGGCUGCGCAUGAGAAGGGCGAGGAUGCGAAAGUGAUGUCGGUCCUCGCUGCUGGCACGGGUGGGGAGAUCGACUUGAACGAUUUGGGGCUCGUCAAGAACUACUCGAUUACCGCUGCUGCGUUACAGGCAGUCACGUAUAACGAUCUCAUGAUGGAGGAAUACGCUGAGAGGAACCCAGGCCUCACCUUCAUCCACUCCUACCCAGGCGUCGUCAAAACCUCCAUCAUCUCCAACUCCCCGUCCAAAUUCAUCCGCCUCACAGGCAAGAUCAUGCCCCUCUUCUCGCUAUUCAUGACCUCCAAAGAGGCGUGUGCGCAGUACAUGUGGAGCGCCAUUUUCAACCAUACAGGCGGGGCCUUCAGGACUGGUUCGUCUGGGGAGAACAUCGGGAAGAAGAGGUACUUUGGGAAUGAGGAGCAGAGGAAGAAGUUGUGGGAGCAUACGGUUGAGAAGACGAGAGUUGUCGAAGGCUGA